AUGGACGCGCUGUGCCGGGCCGAGCCCCGGCCCCGCCGGCCCGCCGCCGCCUCGCCGCUGCCCUGGGCCCGCUUCUCCGCCUGGCUCGACUGUGUCUGCGUGGUCACCUUCGACCUGGAGCUGGGCCAGGCCAUGGAGUUGGUUUAUCCUUAUGACUUCAGAUUAACAGAAAAAGAGAAAACUAGUAUCUGCUACUUGUCCUUCCCAGACUCCUACUCAGGUGUCCUGGGGGAUACUCAGUUUAGCUUCCGCCUUCGUCAGUCUGGGGGACAGAGGACCAUUCAUUAUGAGGAUGAUGGCGAGUACAAUAGAGAAGCACCCCUAACGCUACAGCGGGAGACAGCUCAUUACUUUGGUUAUGUAUACUUCAGGCAAGUCAAGGACAGCUCAAUGAAGAGAGGUUAUUUUCAGAAGUCUUUGGUGCUGGUGUCACGCCUUCCGUAUGUAAACUUGUUCCAGUCAUUGCUGCAGCUGAUUGCUCCGGAAUACUUUGAUAAGCUGGAGCCAUGCUUGGAGGCAGUGUGCAAUGAGAUCGAUCAGUGGCCUCCUCCUGUGCCAGGGCAGACUUUGAACCUUCCAGUGAUGGGAGUUGUAAUUCAGGUGAGAAUCCCAUCUAGAGUGGAUAAACCAGGAUCAAGCCCAGUGAAACAAUUUAAUCAAGAGAAUCUGUUACCGGCUCCACUGGUUCUCCCUAGUAUUCAUGAACUGGAUCUCUUCAGAUGUUUCCAGCCAGUGUUAAUUCAUAUCCAGAUGUUAUGGGAACUGAUGUUACUAGGAGAGCCAAUUGUUGUAAUGGCACCAUCCCCAACAAUGUCUUCAGAAAUGGUUCUGGCACUUACGAGUUGUCUUGCUCCCCUGAAGUACUGUUGUGACUACCGUCCCUAUUUCACUAUCCAUGACAGUGAAUUUAAAGAGUACACCACCAGGACACAAGCUCCGCCAAACAUUGUUGUGGGAGUCACAAAUCCUUUUUUCAUCAAAACACUCCAGCACUGGCCACACAUUCUUCGGGUUGGGGACCUCAGAAUGUCAGGAGACCUGCCCAAGCAAGUUAAGGUGAAGAAGCUAAACAAACUAAAAACUCUAGACACGAAACCAGGAAUCUACACUUCUUAUAAAACAUUUCUUCACAAAGACAAAACCCUGAUAAAAAGAUUAUUAAAGGGGAUUCAGCGGAAACGCCCAUCAGAAGUCCAAAGUGCCCUUUUGAGGCGUCACCUCCUGGAGCUCACCCAAAGUUUCAUUAUUCCACUGGAACAUUAUAUUGCAAGUCUCAUGCCCCUGCAGAGGGCCAUUACUCCAUGGAAGAAUCCCCCACAGAUUCGCCCAUUCCGACAGGAAGAUUUCAUGAAGACCCUUGAGCAUGCUGGUCCCCAGCUUACCUGUGUACUUAAAGGUGACUGGUUAGGCCUUUACAGGCGUUUCUUCAGGUCUCCCAACUUUGAUGGCUGGUACCGUCAGAGGCACAAGGAAAUGACCCAGAAGCUGGAAGCCCUUCACUUGGAAGCAAUCUGUGAAGCGAACAUUGUGGCCUGGAUGAAGGACAAGUCUGAGGUGGAGAUUGUAGACCUGGUUCUAAAACUUCGUGAGAAGCUGGUAAGAGCCAGGUGCCAGCACCUCCCUGUGAAGGAGGAAACCCUUCAGAGGGUGGGCCUUUAUAUUGAGACCAUCAUCGGCUCAUUGCCAGAGGAUCUCCAGACAGUGCUGCAUCACCACUGAGCACAAUGAGGGGACUCUGCUGGAGAAGGAGGGGCCCUCCCACCUUGCUCCAGGCUGUGGACAGCCGCAGUUGCAUUUGGAAAGGAAACUUCUUCCCUGACAUCCAGCCAACAUCACCUGAUCUGGAUUUUGCUCACGUGUGUAUGAAUUUGAACACAUGAGCGCAAGGAUCAGAGCUGUAGCAGAAAUGGGGAACCGUGUGCACUUUUUCCUGCCCAGUCCUGCUCUGAGGACCUGGGUUUGAGGUCUGUAAAUGAAAAACUCUUCCCUGCGUAGCCACACAGGAAGUAGUAGGUCAGGAAGUGGCAGACAGGCUUCCAGCAGCAUGUACCAGGCUGUGCAAAAUCUCUGUUGCCCAUAUAUACACAUCAAUCUUUAUCUAGUGCUUGGGCUCUCAAAAUUUCAAUACCUGCAUCCUGCCUGCAAGAGGCAAAACCACCCCUGUAUUGGGAGAGUUGGUUUUAGGGCAGCUCUUGCUGCUAAUGAGAGAGAUGCUAGUCCCCAGCAUAUAAAAGGUGUGACAAAAUUGUCAUUGGAUGAUCAGCAGCCUGACUCAUGCCAGGGGAGCUUCAGCUGUGUCAGGAGUGGGUGACUGAAUCACUAGAUUUGGAGUGUUCUUGUUUUUCUCCAAAGCAGAGAUGUAAAGGAAGAAGGAGCAGGUGUACCUGCUGGGAAGAGGGCUCUCCAGAGAUUGCAUGUAUGUGCUGUGUGAAUGGCAAUAGCUACUGAAGCUCCACAGAGGGGAUCUGGUCUCCAAAAGCACUUUAUUCUGCCUGGAAAAAUGUCUGUGUGCUCUGGUAAUGUACAAGAGAGCUGAAGCUCUCCCCUGGACCAUGAGAUAUCCAAUGCAGUCAGCCCGUGUGCUAGUGCAGCGCAGUGGAGGAUCUGUUCUUUACAGUCUGUGUCGCCUUUGCCAAGUGGAAGUCCACACAGUGCCCAGCGUGUGGAUGUGCAGGUUCUGCUGCAGAGGUGCAAGCUCACCCUGCCGAGGUCAGGGUGGAGCAGCCUGACAGAUCGUUUCAGGCUAUGUCUCUGCUUACCACUACCUGGCUUCCAGCUCUGUCAUGCUGCUCCCUUUCACCUCUUGGGAAAGGGGUCACUAUGUACUUCUGGGCUGAAUGUAUGAAAGACUUGAGGUUCCACUGCCAGUUUUGGAUGCAGUUGCCCUCUGCCUAAAAGAGCAGUGUUUCUGCCAGCUGCCCUGGAGAUGGAUUUACCAUAGCCCCAGGGCAGUCUUGUAACUACUGCAAUUGUAUUUCACCAUCCGCCAUUUUGGCCAAGGCCUGAAUGUUUGCCUGAAGAAGAAUGGUUUUUAGGAUGGAUCUGGCAGACAGUGCCUAUCUGCUGCACUCUUCUGUAAAAAGCCCUAGAAUGUACCAUUCCACAUAGCAGGAGUGUUCAGCGUUUCAGCUGAGACCUGCACAGAGCUGUCCUGGGACCUCUGUAGGCAGUGCCAACUGUUUGUGGAGAGGAAGCUGUGCUCUUACGUUUCACUAGUAAUCUCUGCCUGUUGCUGCACUGCCUCUUAAUUUAUUAGUGGGGUGGGGGAAGGGGUAUAUCAGUAAGUCACAAGUGUGGCUGAACCCUUCCUACAUAUUCCUGCUAAAGAGCAAGGCACAGACAGUGCUGGAACAGUGGGAAGUUACUCUGUUUCCCACUGUCUCCAGCCAGGAAGCAACCAAAUGGGAACACAUGGCCAUAUCUCCCAAUAUUAAUGAACUCUGUACAAUACUCCUUAGUGGCAACUGUGCCUGUACAGUGUAUAUUCUGUAUAUAGAGUUUGUGUGUGCAUCUGUGCAAUAGCUCUGCAGUGACUGUGAUGAACUGAAGCACCAAUGUAUAGUAGAAAAUACUAGUUUAAAAAAAUUAAA